AAAACGUAUUACCACAGCAAUAUAUCCAGCGUCUGAAUAAUUCGAAUGAAUAAAAUAAAUGAUAAGCAAAGAUAAUAAUGCCUGUGAAUGGCUGAGAGACACAGGCCAAAGCUGAUGAGGUUGUGUCCCAUCAUGUUGAACGCGCGCAGCCCUAACAUGCACAGAAGCCUCCGCCCAGCGCGCGAGCGAAUGCUGCUCCACUGCGGACAACAAUGACGGACAACAUUCCGAUGCAGCCCGUCCGACACAAAAACCGACAUGACAACAAAAGAAGAGAUGGGUGCUGCCCGUGGUCCAGAUGCUGCGGUGGGGGAGAUUUCCGUCCUCGGACCGUGUGGUUGGGUCACCCGGAAAAGAGAGAGCAGAGAUACCCAAGAAAUGUCAUAAACAAUCAGAAAUACAAUUUCUUCACCUUCCUGCCAGGGGUGUUGUUUAACCAGUUCAAAUACUUCUUCAACCUGUACUUUCUGCUUCUGGCCUGCUCACAGUUUGUGAAUGAGCUCAGAUUAGGGGCUCUGUACACAUACUGGGUUCCUCUGGGUUUCGUUUUGAUUAUUACAAUCGUAAGGGAAGCUGUCGAGGAGAUCCGAUGUUUCCUACGAGACAAAGAGGUCAAUUCACAGAUCUACAGUAAACUCUCCACAAGAGGAACUAUGAAGGUGAAGAGUAGUGGCAUCCAAGUUGGAGAUCUUAUCAUUGUUGAAAAGAAUCAGCGUGUUCCCGCUGACAUGAUCUUCCUAAGGACCUCUGAAAGAAAUGGCUCCUGUUUUCUGAGGACUGAUCAGUUGGAUGGAGAAACCGACUGGAAACUACGCCUCCCUGUGUCCUGUACGCAGAGACUCCCUACUGCUGCUGAUCUACUUCAGAUCAGGUCAUUUGUUUACGCCGAGGAACCGAACAUUGACAUCCAUAACUUCAUCGGUACCUUCACUAGAGAAGAUGGAGACCCUCCAGUCAGUGAAAGUCUGAGCAUUGAGAACACUCUCUGGGCGAGCACUGUCAUUGCUUCUGGCACCGUGGUUGGGGUGGUGAUUUACACCGGUAAAGAGCUGCGCAGUGUAAUGAACACCUCCAACCCAAGACAUAAGAUCGGCCUGUUUGACCUGGAAGUGAACUGUCUGACUAAGAUCCUGUUUGGUGCUCUGGUGGUGGUGUCUCUGGUCAUGGUGGCUCUGCAGCACUUCGCUGGACGCUGGUAUCUUCAGAUCUUCCGCUUCCUUCUGCUCUUCUCCAACAUCGUCCCCAUCAGUUUGCGUGUGAAUUUGGACAUGGGCAAAAUGGUGUUCAGUUGGAUGAUCAAGAAAGACUCUAAAAUCCCUGGGACGGUGGUUCGAGCCAGUACCAUACCAGAGCAACUGGGUCGGAUCUCUUAUCUGCUCACAGACAAAACUGGAACCCUCACUCAGAAUGAGAUGGUGUUCAGACGACUUCAUCUGGGAACGGUGGCGUACGGCAUGGACUCGAUGGAUGAAGUGCAGAGUCACGUGUUCAGCGCUUACACUCAGGCUCCUCAUGACCUGCAGGCCUCUCGUGCACCGGCUGCCACCAAAGUGAGGAAGACCAUCAGCAGUCGAGUGCACGAGGCGGUGAAGGCCAUCGCACUGGUGCACAAUGUGACCCCGGCAUACGAAUCCAACGGUGUGACGGAUCAGGCAGAAGCUGAACAGCACUAUGAAGACGCCUGCAGGGUUUACCAGGCCUCCAGUCCAGACGAGGUGUCUCUGGUUCAGUGGACGGAGAGUGUGGGUCUGACGCUGGUCGGGAGAGACCAGUCUUCAAUGCAGCUGAGGACACCGAGUGGACAAAUACUGAACUUCACCAUCCUGCAGAUUUUCCCCUUUACCUACGAGAGCAAGCGCAUGGGUAUCAUAGUGCGGGAUGAAUCCACAGGAGAGAUCACGUUUUAUCUGAAGGGUGCUGAUGUGGUGAUGGCUGCUAUUGUUCAGUACAACGACUGGCUCGAGGAAGAGUGUGGGAAUAUGGCCAGGGAAGGUUUGAGGGUGCUGGUGGUGGCCAAAAAGUCCCUAACGGAAGAACAAUACCAAGAUUUUGAGGCUCGCUACGUCCAGGCCAAGUUGAGCGUUCACGAUCGUUCGCUGAAGGUGGCCACAGUGAUCGAGAGUCUGGAGAUGGAGAUGGAGCUCUUGUGUCUUACUGGAGUCGAGGACCAGCUUCAGGCCGAUGUCAGACCCACGCUGGAGAUACUGCGCAACGCUGGCAUCAAAGUUUGGAUGCUGACCGGAGACAAAUUAGAGACUGCAACCUGCACAGCCAAAAACGCCCAUCUAGUGACCCGCAAUCAGGACAUCCACGUGUUCAGGCCUGUAACCACUCGAAGCGAAGCCCACCUUGAGCUCAACGCCUUCAGGAGGAAACACGACUGUGCGCUGGUGAUAUCAGGAGACUCUCUGGAGGUCUGUCUGAAGUUUUAUGAGUAUGAGUUUAUGGAGUUGGCGUGUCAGUCUCCGGCUGUCGUAUGCUGCCGCUGCGCUCCCACACAGAAAGCUCAGAUCGUCCGUCUGCUGCAGGAACGCACCGGGAAACUCACCUGCGCCGUGGGGGAUGGAGGAAAUGAUGUCAGCAUGAUCCAGGAAGCAGACUGUGGCGUGGGAGUGGAGGGCAAAGAAGGGAAGCAGGCGUCUCUGGCUGCAGAUUUCUCCAUCACUCAGUUUAAGCACUUGGGCAGACUCCUCAUGGUCCACGGUAGAAACAGCUACAAGCGCUCCGCUGCGCUCAGCCAGUUUGUCAUCCACCGGAGUCUCUGCAUCAGCACCAUGCAGGCCGUGUUCUCCUCUGUCUUCUACUUUGCAUCUGUUCCACUUUAUCAAGGCUUCCUCAUUAUCGGAUACUCCACUAUCUACACCAUGUUCCCAGUUUUCUCUCUGGUUUUGGAUAAAGAUGUCAAGUCUGAGGUGGCCAUGUUAUAUCCUGAACUUUACAAAGAUCUUCUAAAGGGACGGCCUCUUUCAUUCAAAACCUUCUUAUUAUGGGUCUUGAUCAGUAUCUACCAAGGUAGCAUCAUCAUGUACGGGGCUCUGCUGCUGUUCGAGUCGGAGUUUGUGCACAUCGUGGCGAUCUCGUUCACGUCUCUGAUCCUGACGGAGCUGCUGAUGGUGGCGCUGACCAUACAGACGUGGCACUGGCUGAUGAUCGUAGCCGAACUCCUCAGUCUGGCCUGCUACAUCGCAUCCCUCGUCUUCUUACACGAGUUCAUCGAUGUGUAUUUCAUCACCACCCUGUCGUUUGUGUGGAAGGUGACAGCCAUUACUCUGGUCAGCUGUCUGCCGCUCUACAUCCUCAAAUACCUGCGCCGGCGCUUCUCUCCUCCCAGCUACUCCAAACUGACCUCCUGAGCCCUUCACUGCCUCACUGACCGCUAGCUCAGAACUGCUGGAACUUCAGGUUUGAUUCACCCUGAUGCUGAAAUAACCCGUCUGAUUUUUCAUUUGUUUAGGUCAGUUCGGUUGUUGAAGUCCAGACAACGCGAGCGCUGUUUGCUCUGAAUCAUGUAAUUUCUCUAGCAUUUAACUUCCAGUGAAUCACUCUCCCUGAGGAAGACUAAACACACUCCUUAGCUUUGGGAAUCGUCCAUGAGACAACAGGGAAGUUUUUCCAUGAGAUUUAAUAAUCUGUUGCUAUUAUGCGUCUCAAUUUCAAGUUCAGUUUUGUCGUGCGUUUGUAUUCUCAUGUGAAAAGGAAAAAAAGGUAACACUUUAUUUUAAGGUGACCUUGUUAUACGUUACAUGUACUUACUAUUAUAAUAAUUAAUUAUGCAUAAUUACAUGCAAGUAACCCUAAGACAAACCCAAGUCCUAAUCCUAACCAUAUAGUAAGUUCAUGUAGUUUAUUAAUAUUGCUCAGUACUUGUAUGUAUAAUUAAACUGUUACAAGGACACCUCAAAAUAAAGUGCAACUGGAAAAACUUGCACAAAGUGAGAAAGGGGAGUUUAAUUUGUUGUUUUUGGUACCUUUAUUUCUUUCCAAGACUACUGAAUAUGCUGAUUCACAAACAGGACGUAUCUGUUGUUGUACAACCAAAAAUAAUAAUAAACACUAAAAUUGGUAACACUUUAUAAUAAGGCCCCAUUAGUUAAUGAUACAUUACAGAUAAUAACCGACAGUUAUCAUUAAGUAGUAUUAUUUGUCAUCAUUAAGGAUUGUCUAUUUUUUAGAAGCAAUACUUAUUGUUAAGUAAUUGUUAAUGUUACAUUUUACGUAUAUAUAUGUGUGUGUGUGUGUGUGUGUGUGUGUGUGUGUGUGUGUGUGUGUGUGUAUGUAUAGAUUAGU